UUGCAUGCUUUGCUUGUGAGUUUCUUGAAUUCAAAAUACAGAAAGAGUGCUAGGUGCUUCUUGUUUUCUUUUAGCCGUCCUCUUUUCUUUUUCUAAAAGCUGCCUUAUGUACAUGGAGCCACAGAAUCUAACAGGCGUCCCAGAAGUCCUCCUCCUGGGCCUCUCUGAGGACCCAGAACUGCAGCUAUUCCUCUUUGGGCUUUUCCUGUCCAUGUACCUGAUCACUGUGGCUGGGAACCUGCUCAUCAUCCUGGUCAUCACCUCUGACCCACACCUCCACUCCCCCAUGUACUUCUUCCUCUCCAACCUGUCCAUGGCUGACAUUGGUUUCAUUUCCACCACAGUCCCAAAGGUGCUAGUGAACAUCCAGACACAAAGCAAAUCCAUCACCUAUGUGGGCUGCCUGACACAAGUGUCCUUUUUGUAUCUCUUUGGAUGUCUGGACAGUCUGCUCCUCACUGUGAUGGCUUAUGACCGGUUUGUGGCCAUCUGUCACCCCCUGCACUACACAGUCAUCAUGAACCCCCGCCUCUGUGGCUUGCUAGUGUUGGUAUCUUUUUUCAUCAGCCUUUUGGACUCCCAGCUGAACCUUUCAAUGGUGUCACAACUUACCUUCUGCACAGAUGUGGAAAUCCCUCAUUUUUUCUGUGACUCUCCUCAAUUUCUCAACUUUGCCUGUUCUGACACCUCCACAAAUACCAUAUUACUGUAUUGUAUUGGUGUCAUCUUUGCUGGUGUUCCAGUCUCAGGGAUCCUUUUCUCUUACACUAAAAUUGCUUCAUCCGUUCUGAGAGUCUCAUCUUCAGGUGGGAAGUAUAAAGUCUUUUCCACCUGUGGCUCUCACCUGUCAGUCAUUUGUUUAUUUUAUGGAACGGGCCUUGGAGUGUACCUCAGUUCAGCUGUCCCAUCUUCUGCCAGGAAAGGCGCAGUGGCCUCAGUGAUGUACACCACAGUCACGCCCAUGCUAAACCCCUUCAUCUACAGUCUGAGGAACAGGGACAUCAAGAGAGCUCUGCAGAGGAUCCUCAACAGAACAACCUAG